AGGGAGAGAAAGGUAGUGUUUCUGAAACACGGUCGUCAUCCCCGUUCAUCCUUCCCUCUGCCUUCAAUUGUAGCUUAAUAUCCUCCCAUACGUCUCCACGGUGGGGAGAACACUUGGCUUCCUUAUCUGGGAAAUGGAGAUAAAAAUAACACCUAGCUCACAAGGCUACUGUGAGGAUCAAAUGAGAUGGACCACACAGAGUGCUCCGACACAGUGGGCAUAGAGUAGAGCUCCAGAAAUGAUAACCAGUAUAAUUGCAGUUAUAAUUCCAAUUAUCUUUCAUGUGGAAGGACCUUUUGGAAUGGCUGCACCAAGGGAGGCUGGCUGCUCCAGCCCCCUUUCCUACCAGAUGUGGGGCCUUUCCAACUCACCACUUCAUUUGCCUGCCCUGCAAGGGGCUUGGCUGAAGCACGCUGCUGCCCUGUCUGCAAGGUGUGCAUUUUAAGGCAAAGGGAGUAAAGCGAAACCUUCCUCCCUGUCUACGUUUUCAGUGGGGACACGGGGGAAAAUAGAUCCCACCCCAGUCCUUAAUCCUGAGGGUACAGAGGAGUUUCUGCCCCUGUCUGGGAGGACCUAAGGAAAGGGGCUUGGGUUUCGUGGGCCCUGAGGAAGGAAGGAAGGAGGUGGGCAUGGAAAGAGCUGGAGGCUUGAGGCGAGGCCUCAGCUCUGGGUCGGGGUGUGAGCCAAGGGAGUGGGGGAGGAACGGAUGUCAGAAGCCUCUCUAGUGCGGACCCUCGUGAAUCAACCACGGGGAUCCCCAGGGUUAUGAAAGAGGAUAUUAUGCCACCCAGAACUCGGCUACAGAGCGAAUGAAUCACAUUCCCUCAGAAACUUCCUGAGAGCUACAUCAUCUUUGUCAAGAUUGAACUUCCCACGGUGAGAGGUCCUUGGCCUUGGCUGGCCCAGGGCUGCAGGGGAACUGGCAGCAUUGAGUGACCAGGCAGAUGUGCUCCCAUGAGAGUUCCUUCCAACCCACCCAGUUGCUGCUGCUGGUGGGGGUCCCGGUGGCAAGUGCCCUCCUUCUGGUCCAGUGCCUUCGAUGGCACUGCCCUCGCUGGCUGCUGGGGGCCUGCUGGAAGCUGGAUAGCCAAGACGAGCUAGGAGGCCAUCCCACUCCCCUACCAGAAAAUGAGUCCUCAAGGCAGUGCCCGCCGGCCACACUGCCAGAGAUGGCCGCCUUCUACCAGGAACUGCACACGCCCACUCAAGGCCAGACCAUCGUCCGUCAGCUGAUGCACAAGCUGUUGGUGUUUUCGGCUCGGGAGGUGGAUCACCGUGGCGGCUGCCUGAUGCUCCAAAAUACGGGCAUCUCCCUGCUUAUCCCGCCAGGAGCUGUGGCUGUGGGCCGCCAAGAGCGCGUGUCACUGAUCCUGGUGUGGGACUUGUCGGACGCCCCAUCACUGUCCCGAGCCCAGGGGCUGGUGAGCCCUGUGGUGGCCUGUGGCCCCCAUGGGGCCUCCUUCCUGAAGCCCUGUACCCUCACAUUCAAGCACUGUGCCCAGGAGCCCACCCAGGCCCGUACCUACAGCAGCAACACAGCCCUGCUCGAUGCCAAGGCCUGGAGGCCCCUGGGGCGGCCUGGGGCCCACACCUCCCGGGACGAGUGUCGCAUCCAGCUCUACCACUUCAGCCUCUACACCUGCGUGCUGGAGGCGCCGGUGGGCCGGGAUGCCCGCAAAUGGCUGCAGCUGGCUAUGUUCUGCUCGCCCCUGGCGCCGGCGCAGUCCCACCUGCAGCUGCGCAUCUACUUUCUCAACAACACUCCCUGUGCCCUGCAGUGGGCCAUGGCCAAUGAACAGCCCCACGGUGGGUGCCUGCGCGGACCCUGCCAGCUCUUCGACUUCACGGGGGCCCGAGGGGACCAGUGCCUGAAGCUCAAGUACAUCUCUGAGGGUUGGGAGAAUGUGGAUGAGAGCAGUUGCCAGCUGGUUCCCCAUCUCCACAUCUGGCAUGGAAAGUGCCCCUUCCGCUCCUUCUGCUUCCGGAGAAAAGCAGCCAAUGAGAAUGAGGACUGCUCCGCACUUACCAGUGAGAUCAUCGUCACCAUGCACACCUUCCAGGAUGGCUUGGAGACCAAGUACAUGGAAAUCCUCAGAUUCCAGGCAUCAGAGGAAGAAUCCUGGGCAGCCCCACCCCCUGUCUCUCAGCCACCCCCAUGCAACAGGCUGCCUCCAGAGCUCUUUGAGCAACUGCAGAUGUUGUUGGAACCAAACAGCAUCACGGGCAAUGACUGGCGUCGGCUGGCCUCCCACCUGGGGCUCUGUGGCAUGAAAAUCCGCAAUCAGUUGGAGAACAAUUCUGAGCUGGGCUCCGGAACCCAGACUGUGAGUGCAGUGGUCAGGAAGGACUUCACCCAGGAGAUGGGAGUAGAGCUGGACCCAGCUGAAAGCAGAGUGACUUUAAAAAUCACCUAUUUAUUAAACAUUUAUCAAGUAUCCACUAUGUCCUGGAAAACUAUGCUAAGCACUGGAAUACAAGAUAAAUGAGACCUGGUUCGAGCAUCCAGGAACUCACACUGUGGGAAGGGAUCCAGAGAGCCUAACACAAUAAAGGCAGUGCUUCUUGUGCCUUAUUGUGUAUAUCCAAUGCUGCCCAGCAAGUUGAAAACAGAGACACAAAACAGCUAGAGCAAGAAUAACGAAGACGUGGGGGGUAGCUCUGACCAGAAGUCUGAACUGGAGGGUGCAGAUGGUCUCCACCUAGGAAGUGGGUAUUAGAAAGGUCUUUAGGGAGGAGGUGAUAGGGAAGGGGGGAGCGGCGACUCUCUUGGGAGGGAGUAGCACAGCUGGUUGUGGGUGUGGUGUGUGCAAGGUGGGAAAGGGAUAGGCUCACCGCAGGAAGGUUCAGGAUGGGAUUGGGAGAAGAGAUCAGGAAAAAAUGGCAACACCAAGUACCAGGUUGUGGGUGAGCUGGGGGUCUGGAGUAUGGGCUUGGCUAGUGCCAGAAAGAGGCUCUGGAAAGUUUUUUGAGCAGGGGAGGGUCCUGGUGAAGCCAUGAUUUAGAACAACUCUUUCCUGCCUGGCAGGCAGGGUGUGGUGGCCUGGGGGAGAGGGAGGAGGAGGGGAGAGUGUGUUUGGGGUGGGGGACAAGGAGAGAGCAAUUACAGACCAUCCCAGCUGGAAGCAACCUUAGAGGCCCUCUUGUCCAAGCCCUCGGUGAAGGAGGAGGAAACCGGGGUCUAGAGAGAAGUAGCCUUUGAGCCAGGACAAUCUCAGGUCUCAAGGUCCCGGGCCCUCCCACCACCGCGGGCCCCUGGAAGGCAGGUAAGAGCAGGAUGAGGGCCCGCGCUGGGGGAGCGGGUGGAUCUGGCCACCGCGCGCCCACCAGC